AUGUUACAGACCUUUGGAGAAAUGGAUGGAGACAACCAGACUAGAGGCUCUGAGUUCCUGCUUGUUGGACUCUCAGAGAAUCCUGAGCACCAACAAAUCUUGUUUUGGAUGUUCCUGUCCAUGUACCUGGUCACAGUAGUGGGAAAUGUGCUCAUCAUCCUGGCUAUCAGCUCUGACCCCCAUCUGCACACUCCCAUGUACAUCUUCCUGGUCAACCUCUCCUUCACCGACCUCUUCUUUGUCACCAACACAAUCCCCAAGAUGCUGGUGAACCUUCAGUCCCAGAACAAAGCCAUCUCCUAUGCAGGGUGCCUGACACAGCUGUACUUCCUGAUCUCCUUGGUGACACUGGACAACCUCAUUCUGGCCACAAUGGCCUAUGAUCGCUAUAUGGCCAUCUGCCGCCCCCUCCACUACACCACAGUCAUGAGCCCUGGCCUCUGUGUGUUGCUCCUGACCUUUUGUUGGGUCCUUUCUGUCCUCUAUGGCCUCAUUCUCACCCUCCUAAUGACCAAGGUGACCUUCUGUGGAUCCCAGAAGAUCCACUACAUCUUCUGUGAGAUGUAUGUCCUGCUGAGGCUCGCAUGUUCCAACACCCAGGUCAAUCACACAGUGCUGAUUGCCACUGGCUGCUUCAUCUUCCUCACCCCCUGUGGGUUUAUGAUUGUGUCCUAUGCACGGAUUGUCAGAGCCAUCCUCCAAAUAAUCUCAGUUACUGGCAAGUACAAAGCCUUCUCUACCUGUGCUUCCCAUCUGGCUGUGGUCUCCCUCUUCUAUGGGACUCUUGGUAUGGUAUACCUGCAGCCCCUCCACACGUACUCCAUGAAGGAUUCAGUUGCCACAGUGAUGUAUGCUGUGGUAACACCCAUGAUGAACCCUUUCAUCUAUAGCUUGAGGAACAAGGACAUGCAUGGAGCUCUCAGAAAACUCUUCCAAGGGAAAGCCUUUCAGAGAUUCACAAAAGGGUAA